AUGGCUCCCGCAAGGAUAGAGGAAGACGUUCCGUGGACGUCUCCAGCUUACCAACCUGAGCCUUAUGAAGGCCCUCCACGCAAUGUCGCUUAUAUCGAUGCCAUCAAAUUCAAUGAGAGUGUAAAAGCCCCCAAAUACGAGAUCCUGGGCACAGACCCAGACUCCAAGGUCCUUUUCCUGGAUGUCAACAUCUUGGAUUGUACGGGAAAGCCACCCUAUCGUGGUGACGUGUUCAUACAAGGGGAACGCAUCAAGGCAGUCGGCAAUGUCGCAAAUAAGGAUCAGUUGCUGCAAAAUCCAGAUACUCGAGUGUUCCAGGGAAAAGGAAGAACAUUGAUGCCGGGCUUAGGUGACUCGCACACCCACUUCUCGUGGAAUGGUGGCGAUCUCGCUUCCUUGGGUGGCUUGAAUGUUGAAGAGCACACUCUUUUGACCGCUCGCAGUGCGAAAUGCUACCUGGAUUCCGGCUACACAAUGUGUUACGGUGCUGCAUCUGCCAAGGAGCGUCUCGACGUUGUUAUUCGGGAUGCCAUCUAUGCAGGCGACAUUCCAGGACCACGGUCCCUCGCCAAUGGAAAGGAAAUGGCCAAGCGAGACGGUGACCUCGAAGCAGCAAUCACUGCAUUUGCAGACACGCCUGAAGAGAUGAGAGAAGUCAUCAAGCAUCACGUUGGCAUCGGGGUUGACAACAUCAAAUUAGUGAUGUCUGGAGAAGAGAUCUGCGAAGUACGAUCAGCACAAGACUGCUAUUUCACCGACGAAGAGACAGCUGCCUGCGUUGAAGAAGCACACAAGGCAGGGAAAUCCAUCUGUGCCCACGCGAGAGCGAGGGAUUCUGUAAAGAUGUGUGUCAAACAUGGAGUGGACGUUAUUUAUCAUGGAUCUUAUAUCGACGAGGAAGGUAUGGACAUGCUGGAAGCCGCGAGGACCAAGCAUGUCGUUGCUCCCGCGAUUAACUGGCUUGUUGCAACUUUGAACGACGCUGCAGCCUUCGGUUAUUCCCACGAGAAGGCCGAGCAAGAACUCGAGAUCGCAUUGAGAGGCCUCCGUGAGAUGCAUCGGAGAGGCAUUGUAGUUCUUCCUGGCGGUGACUAUGGAUUUGCAUGGACUCCCCACGGAACCUAUGCUCGUGACUUGGCCCACUUCAAGAAUCUGAUGGGAUUUACUGCUCAUGAGUCCAUCAUCGCCGCCACCUAUGGCGUGGCCAAACUCAUGCUGCGAGCCGAUGAGAUGGGUCAGAUUAAGGAAGGCAAUUACGCGGAUUGCAUCCUUGUCGACGGUAACCCGAUUGACAACAUUGACAUCCUGCAGGAUCACUCCAAGUUGAAUGUCAUUAUGAUUAACGGUCGUGUCCAUAAGGCCGGGAGAAAGGAGUAUGUGCCGCCACCUGUAGCGGGACAGGAUGAGAACAAGCACCCCAUCGUGCCAGAUGUCGUGGUUCGAGAAGGAAAACCAGCCGUACAGAGUUAG